AGGGCCUGGAUAGGGACAAAUAUUUUAAUUUAGGGUUCAUGAGCAAAGGCGUGGGAGGAGCGCUUCCAUCGGAUCCGCGCCUGCCGUCGGCGGCCCGGCCGUAUGUCCCGCCGGUGGUGCUUCCGCAGGAUCUUCCUCCGGAUUACUCGAGCUUGCUGGCGGUGAUGUUUGGAAUUCUCGGCAUCAUGCUCCGGAACAAGAUCGGAUCGUGGCUUGCCCUCAUUUUUUGCGCGCAAUCGCUCGCGAACAUGAAGAAUUUGGAGAACGAUCUCAAGCAAGUGGUCAUGGCACUGGCGUUUGUGGUGAUGGGUAUGGCGACGAACUAUCUAAGCGCGCAGAGAUCGUCCGCUACUACAUGAUACAUUCUCUAGUGUCAUGUAAGAAACAGUCGUGACAAUCUUAAACUCUAUGAUUAGCUUUUGACACAAGAGCUCGAUCUAACUUCUAGACGCUUGAGAAGAUCCUCCAGAACGAUCUCAUGAUCCAGUUCUUCGUAGCUUGCAUCUACAUUCUUGAGAAAAGAUAAAAAGUAUAUUGGCUUUCUCCAGGUUCGAACUGGAGACCA